AUAAACUGGUCACUCCAUUUGUGUAUCCAAUCAAAGGUUUAUGCCUUGAAAUGUUGAGUCGAUAGCAGUACUCAAUUUGUGUGUCCAACCAAACCGGGCGGCAAGCGCAAUGUCCCAAACGGCCAACGCCGAGCCCGAAGACCGCGACGCCUUCACGUGCGGCACGCUGCUCAUGUGCCUCUGCCUCCCGGGCUUCUCCAAGAAGAAGAAGCCGGAGCAGCAAACCGGCAAGAGCCAACAGCAGCCAACGACGACAGACGAACAAGCACAAAGCCAGCCUGCGGAGCAUGCGCAAGACGAGCCUGACCCGCAGACACAGCUCGAGAGCUUCUCGCUCUACUCCGGCAGCAACAUCGUCUUCGACUUCCUGGUGGAGCCGGGGGAAGGGCUCCAAGGAUACUGCCCGUCGCCGUGCUUCGACCUGCCGCCUGCGGCGCUGAUACGCGCCGGCGAGCUACGCGGCGCUGUCGACGUCACUGGCAGCGAGAGCGAGACGCCGGCCACUUCCGCCGCCUUGGCGUUUGACGGCUACCGAGGCGAUGAUGCUCUGAAGAGGAUGGCGUCGUGCCUGCCGUCGUCCGGCGUUUCUACGGGCGGCGUGGCCGAAGAGCCCCCGGCGCAUCUGGUGAGGUUCUUGCCCGCGUCGGGCUCUCGGCCUCAGGUGACGUGAUCACGUCGUCCAGUGGCUCAGCAAAAAGGGGACGGCGGAUGAUGCGGUCAGAGAGCGUGUUCGCUGGUCGUCGUGCCCUCGGUGUCAUUAUGUAUGGCUGCAUAAAAUGAACGCCGCAAUUUUCUUCACAAUUUUGGGAAAAAUUUCGAGUUCGUUUGUAGGAGGGGUGCUCUGUUCUAUGUGUUUCUUUCCUAUAAAGGAGCAUACUCAUGAUCCAACCUACUCAUUUCGUAUCGCCGAUGCUUGAAUGCUUUUCUGCGUGUCCGUUGGUGGUUCUUAAGAAAGAUUAUACCUACUCAUUUGAUAUCGUCGAUUACUUCAA